AUGUCACAAGAAAGAGAGACUUCGAGGUUUUUCGACACUUCAAUGGAAUCAUCCACCACACAGGUCAAAUCUGAACCGCUAGAUCCAAUAGAACAUCAUCAUGAUUUUAUAAGGCAAAAUAGUAUAUUGAAAGAAUCAAGUAAUGCUGCAAAUAGUAUGAGCUCGCCAGUAACGGAUAAAUCAACCACAGCUCCUGAUACCACAGCUACGGAUGGAAAUGUUAAACUGGGUACUGGCCAAAACCUGUUUGUUGCUAAUGAUGAAGAUGAUGAAGAUGUUAAUGAAGAAGAUGAUGCUUAUAUGAUUUUUGAAUCUCAACUUCAGGCAAUUAUACAAGGUAUUAGUCCCCCAGAAGUACAAAAGUUAUUUGAAACACACAAGGAUAAAGAAACACCUGUGAUAUCUGCUGUGAAUGCUUAUUAUGAUGGUAUUGUAUUUGAUCCUUCACCUCCAAAGCAACCUACUACAUCAUCACCUUUACGUUCAUCACCAAAUUAUUCACAAUCUUCAACACAACCAAGUAUAUUUUCAUCAUUAGGAUCUAGAUCUACACAGGGAACAGCUACAAAGAGAAGGAAACCAAGUUAUAACAUACAACAAAAGGAAUUAUCACCAACUAUAAGUUGGAGAAGAUUUAUUGGUAGUUUACAAGUUGUUGGAUGGGCAACGAGACCAACUGUUAGACCAAUACCUUAUGGUACACAAUUAACAAUUGCUAAGAAUACAACACAGAAUACAAAUAAAAAAAGAAGAGUUGGUAGUGGGUCAGCAUCUACCGUAUCAUAUAUUAAAUUAGUUCAAGAUUAUAAUGACCCGUCAAGAGCUAAAGAAAUUGGUAGAGUCCCAGAAGAUAUUGCAGCCAUAUUGUUCCCACUUGUUGAUCAAGAUAUUUGUGAUUUUGAUGUUACUGUUGUCUUAUGUGAUGGGAGAUUAAGUACUGGUGAUUCAUUUAUUGUUCAAUUAGAUUGUUAUUUAACUUCUAAAAUAUUUGAAAAAUGGGCAGAUCAAGCUUCUUUUGAAGAAGGUUUGAAACAAUUGAAACAAAAACAACAUAGUUUCAACAAUGUUCAAUUUGAAAGUGAAGCUGAAAAAGCUAUACGACAAAGACAGGUUGGAUUGUUUAAACUGUUUAAUAAAUUGGAUUAUCAAGUUAGAACUGCAGAUGGUGCUAAUGAUGAUGAUGAAGAAGAUGAAGUUAUUGAUCUAGAAGAUGAAGAAAGUUCAGAUAACAUUCAACCAACACAAUAUCCAGAUCAAAAACCUGCCGAUGAAUUAAAUUUAAAUCAAUUGAAAGAAUUUUAUAGAAUAACUCAAACUUCAGAUGUUUUAGCAACUUUACCAGAAACUGAAACUUUUGAUAAUUUUAAAUUUGAAUUAAGACCUUAUCAAAAACAAGGUUUAACAUGGAUGUUACGUGGUGAACGUGAAAUUGUUAAUGAUCAACAAGAUGAACAAAUGAAUCCAUUAUGGAAAGAAUUUAAAUGGCCCAAGGAUAGAUCAUGGGCAGUUAUGAGAAAUGAAGAUUUAAGGAAAAAUUAUGAUCAAAAAUGCUUUUAUGCAAAUUUAUAUUCAGGUGAAUUUUCAUUAGAAAAACCAAUAUUGAAAACUUUAUGUCGUGGUGGUAUAUUAGCUGAUGAAAUGGGUCUUGGUAAAACAGUUUCUACAUUAGCUUUAGUUCAUAAUGCUCCAUUUGAUAAAGAUUAUGAUGCAUCAUUAGCUAUAAAGGAAAGAUAUGCUUUCAAGACAACUUUAAUUGUGGUACCAACUUCUUUAUUAUCUCAAUGGCAAGAUGAAUUUUUAAAAGCUAAUAAUACAGAUUCUAAAAUUAUAAUUUAUUAUGGUACAGAAUCUGGUAAAGAUUUAAAAAAUGAAUUAUGUGGUGAAAAUCCACCAAUGGUUGUAUUAACAACUUAUGGUACAAUUCAACAUGAAUGGUCAAAAUUAGUGUCAUAUGUUAAAGUUGAAGGUGGUGAAUUACCAAAAUUAGGUUUAUUUUCUGUUAGAUUUUUCAGAGUUGUAUUAGAUGAAGGUCAUAAUAUUAGAAAUAGAAUGGCCAAAACUACAAAAGCUUGUUAUGAUUUACAAAGUUCAAGAAAAUGGUUAUUAACAGGUACACCUAUCGUUAAUAGAUUAGAUGAUUUAUUUGCCUUAAUAAAAUUUUUAGAAUUACAACCAUGGUCAAAUAUUUCAUAUUGGAAAACUUUCGUUACAGUUCCAUUUGAAAUUAAAAAUUAUAAACAAGCUCUUGAUGUUGUUCAAUCUAUAUUAGAACCAAUUUUAUUAAGAAGAACCAAGAAUAUGAAAAAAGAUGGUAAGGCAUUAGUGGAAUUACCACCAAAGGAAGUUGUUAUUGAAAGAAUUAAAUUCAGUCCAAAGGAAAAAGCUCUUUAUGAUUGGUUUUUAGCAAGAGCUUCAUCCUCAGUUCGUGCAAGUAUUGCAAAAGGUGAUCUUUUGAAAAGAUAUACAACAAUUUUAGUUCAUAUUUUAAGAUUAAGACAAAUUUGUUGUCAUAUGGAUUUAAUUAAUGGUGGUUCAGAUGAAAUGGAUGAAGAUUUAUCAUCAAAACAAGUGACAAAUAUUGAUAUUCCCGAUGAUUUGAAAAAAAUGACUGAAACUUUUAAUCCAAGAGAUGUUGGUGAAAUUUUCAAUAAUAUUUAUAAAAAAUUUGAAAAUAUUGAAGAUUUAGAAUGUUCAAUUUGUACAAAUCAACCAAUUCCAACAGAUCAAUUAUCAUUCACUGAAUGUGGUCAUCCAUUUUGUAUAUCAUGUAUUUUAGAACAUUGUGAUUAUCAAGAGAUGAAAGGUAAUGAAACUUUAUGUCCAAAUUGCAGACAUCAAAUUUCAAGUUCAAAAUUAGUUAAAGCUAGGAAAAAUGAAUUAUCAAUAACUAAAAAUAAAUUUGAAUUAUCAGUUUUCGAUAAUUCUUUAAAAUCAUCAAAAUUAAAUGCAUUAUUAACUCAUUUAAGAAUUAUUAGAGAUCAAACAGCUAAUGAAAAAGUUGUUGUUUUUUCACAAUUUUCAACAUUUUUGGAUAUAAUGGAAAGAGAAUUACAAUUAGAAAAGGGGUUAACAGUUUUUAAAUUUGAUGGUAGAUUAAGUUUAAAUAGUAGAUCAAAUAUCUUGAAAGAAUUUAAAGAACCAAGACAAGGUGUUACAGUGUUAUUAUUAUCAUUAAAAGCUGGUGGUGUUGGAUUAAAUUUAACACAUGCUUCAAGAGCUUUUAUGUGUGAUCCAUGGUGGUCACCUAGUAUCGAAGAUCAAGCUAUUGAUCGUAUUCAUAGAAUUGGACAAGAAAGUAAUGUUAAAGUUGUUAGAUUUAUUAUGGAGGGAAGUAUUGAAGAAAAAAUGUUGAAAAUCCAAGAACGUAAAAGAACAAUUGGUGAAGCUGUUGAAGCUGAAGAAGAAGAAAGAAGAAGAAGAAGAGUUGAAGAAAUUGAGACAUUGUUUGAAGCUACAUAG